AAUUAUACAUGCAUACUGUUUGUAGGAAGAAUCGUGGAUAUAAUUGGUAAAGAAAAAGCAAUUGAUUUUUUUCAAAAAACAAAAAAAAUCGAAGAAGGAGGUGGUAUUUUAAUAAUGAAUGGAUCUCGAAGAAGAACUGCAGGUGGAGUUUAUCUAUGGUUAGUAAAAAAUGAUGAACAUAUUCCACAAGAAAAAAUCAGAGAAAUUUUUUAUUAUGACAAAAAAGAGCAUGGUGAUCAAAAAAAAGCUGAUGCUAAUGCUAGAAGACAAAAAGCACAAGAGUUAAUUAAGUGUCUAGAAAAUGGUUCGGAAAAGGAUUUGCCUGCUCUUUUAACGAAAGCGGAACUUUCCACAAAAGAAAUAGCCGAAGAAGCAAGAUUGAGACGUGGUGAAGGCAUGGAUAGAAUGCCUAUGGAUUCUGAUCGUACAGUUACAAAUCCACCACCGAGCCCUGUAACAGAUGAUCCAGAUCAUUCUGAACAUCCACUUGUACAAAGACACAUUCAAGACUACAGGGAAGAUUUCCUUGAUAUUGGUAUCGAUGUAGAUAGUAUGGAAGUACUUUAAAAUAUUUUUAUUUUAUUAUAUUUUUUUUAUAUGUGCAGAUAAAUUGUACAAAAUGAAAUUCUAACCUUUGCAAAAAUAACCAUAUAUACAUACACACAUGUGAAUACAGUUUACACAUAGUUUGUACGUUUGAUUACUAUAUACAUAAAUAUUGAAUGUGAUCAAAGAAUGAUCGAUUAACUGCAACGACGUUCCAUAUUGUGAUAACAUAAUUUAUCAAGUGUACAUACUAUGGUAACGUACAGUGUCAUUUUCUUACAUUUUGAAAAACAUAGAAUAUUUUUGUAUAGGUUUCCUGUAAUGAAUUAACUUCAAAAAAGAUAAAUGCAUAGGGUCGAACAGGAUAAGAAAGGUCUAAUUUGAAAAUAAAUCAACUGCGUUUUAACUCUGAAAACUAUAAUAUUAGUAGUACAUCAUGCAUUUGUGAAGUCUUCUGUUCCAUUAUUUUUCUCAAAACAGAUGGUGGAAAAUCCACAAGUUGCUUCAUUCUCUUAUCUUCUGGCAGCACAUGCAUUCUAUUUGGCUUAAUUCAUUUCGGGACAACUAUACUCGUUUUAUGUUUCAUUUAACAUGUUCGUUUUUAUUAUUAAGAUAAAUGUAAAAAAAUGUAAGAGACGUAACAAGUAUGGAAUUUCAUAAUAAUUGCGACAACAUAAUAUAGAAAGCGUAAUUUUUAUGAAAUUUUCAUUGUUGAAGAUUGUUUAUGUACAUAAAAGUCACUACAAAAAUAAAUAUUAAAGUAUUUGUACUUUGUAUAAUGUAUUAAAUGAAUUAUCUCGUAUAUAAAAUUUUACUCAGUACGCUGCAUGAAUAUUAAUUA